AUGAAAAAUGGCGAGGUUGCUCAGGGUCCAAUUCCGAAGAGGGAGCAUCGUGGACCUGUGGGCUUGUCAUAUGCCCAAGGCCGCCUCUGGUUCAUGGAACAAUUGGUCCGGGGAUCUUCGUGGUAUGUAAUGCCAUUUGCGGCAAGAUUGCUUGGGCCGCUGAAACUCGAUGCGCUCGAUGCUGCGCUGCGUGCACUGGAGCAGCGACAUGAGACCCUCCGAACAACCUUCGAGGAAACGGAUGGUGUAGGCGUGCAAAUCGUGCACACGCGCUUCUUUGAGGGUCUCAGAAUCAUAGAUGUGGCAGCCGAGAAGGAUGGCAGCUACGUCCAGCCUUUACAGCGGGAGCAGGAGACACCUUUCAAUUUAGCAUCUGAGGCGGGGGUGAGGGUGUGUCUGCUACGGCUGGGACAGGAUGACCACAUCCUAUCGUUUGUACUGCACCACAUCAUCUCAGAUGGAUGGUCCAUCGACGUCCUGCGGAAGGAGCUGGGCCAGUUCUACGCGGCUGCGCUAAGAGGCGAAGACCCUCUGUUGCGAGUGAACCCACUUCCGAUCCAGUACCGCGACUUUGCUGUGUGGCAGAAACAGGAGGAUCAGCUGGCCGAGCAGCAGAAGCAGCUGGAGUACUGGAUGAAGCAGCUCGAGGGCAGCUCGCCUGCCGAGCUCUUCACUGACCGGACCCGACCGGAGGUGCUGUCCGGCGAGGCGAGUGCUGUGCCCUUCACAAUCGAUGUUGAGUUGUACGAGAGCCUUCGUGCAUUCUGCAAGACCCACAAGGUCACCACCUUUGUGGUGCUGCUUGCCGCGUUCCGUGCCACUCACUAUCGGCUCACAGGGGCGGAGGACGCAUGCAUUGGGACACCAAUUGCCAACCGCAAUCGACCAGAACUGAAGAACCUUGUCGGGUUCUUUGUUAAUACUCAGUGCAUGCGUAUUACCGUUGAAGACGACACGUUUGAGGGGUUAGUCCAACAAGUGCAUAUGACUAAGCUUGCCGCCAUCGCAAAUCAGGAUGUCCCCUUCGAGCGUAUAGUGUCAGCCCUCCUCCCAGGUUCGAGGGAUACAUCAAGAAACCCGCUGGUGCAGAUAAUGCUUGUUGUCCACUCUCAAAUGGACAUCGGUCGGAUACAAUUAGAAGGACUCAAGGAUAAGCUCGUCCCGCGGGUGGCAACGACCAGAUUCGAUGUAGAAUUUCAUUUCGUCAAAAGGUCAGACAGCCUCAGCGGUACCCUUCUUUUUUCGACGCAGCUAUUUGACGCUGAGUCUAUUCAUGGCCUCCUUGCCGUCUUCCAUGAGACCCUACGCCGGGGGCUUGAGGACCCUCACACGCCGAUUGCCACCAUGCAGCUGACCGACGGAUUGGGGGAGCUUCGCACCAAGGGACAUCUCCAGAUCGACAGAACUGAGUAUCCCCGGGAGUCGAGUGUGGUCGACAUCUUCCGCGAGCAGGUGGCCGCGUUCCCAGAUGCAAUCGCAGUUAAAGACUCCUCAUCGCAGUUAACCAGCGGCGCCUUCCCGCAGAGUCGCUCGUUGCCGUCUUGUCGCCGCGAUGCUGCCAGACGAUUACAGCCUUCCUCGGUAUCUUGA